AUGAACUACAUUCAACAAAACUGUGGUUACAAGAGACCGGCAAGGAUGCCUUCUUCGCAUAAAUUUGGAUCUGUAGCACAACUUCCAGACAUUCUGAAACAAUAUACUAAAGACUGCAUUAGGGCUCAACCUGCUGAUAUAAUCCAAUGGUCUACAGAUUAUUUUCGUAAUCUUACAAAUGGAGGAUACCGUCCAGGAAAAUCAAAAGAAGAACGAUCAUCAUCUCUACCUCCCUGCAAACCAACACUUACACCUGGUUUAUUACGGGCCUUACAUGCACAAGUAAAUGGAAGAUUAAUUGUACAAUCAAAAGAGAUUGAACAAAAAUGGAAUGAUCUUGGUCUGCCACCGGACAUUCUAAGACGCAUAAUGACUGUGGGUGGCUUUGGCGUGGAGAUUGAAUGGAUGAAAUUCUUUGCGUUGGGUUGCAGCAUUCUUGAUCCUAAUAUUACAAACGCCAUGAAGUAUGCCUUUGAAAUUUUAAGCUCAAGUGAAGACGGUGGUCGAAUCCCUUACACUACAUUUAGAUUCCUCUACAGUUACCUUGCCAUGAUAGAUGGUGAAAUUCAUCGAUCACAAAUUGAGAAAAUGCUGAACAACAUUGAGCGGCAAGUGGAGAUCUGUAGCAAAUCUCACAGAAAAUGGGUCAGAUUCAGCCAGACAAACUGCAGAAGCUUUGGCUUGAGCCGAAAAGCAAUUCUUGGGAAAAUAUCAGAUCUUCGAAAACAAAUCAUGAUACACAACAAACAGCUUCAAAUCAUUUAUGGGGCAGUCCUUUCAGAAAUACUUGCCUGCUAUGCUACUCUAGAACAACAACUUGGGCAAGACAUAGAGGAAAUCAAAUAA